AUGGCCUGGCGAUCCUCCGGCGCCUCCAACGAAGCCCUCAUCGAGAACCUCUCCCGCCACGGCCUCAUCCCCUCCGACCGCGUCAAGAAAGCCAUGCUAGGCGUCGACCGCGCGCACUACGCCCCCGCCGCUCCUUACCAAGACUCCCCGCAGUCGAUCGGGCAUCGAGCAACGAUCUCUGCGCCGCACAUGCACGCUUCGGCGUGUGAGUCGCUGCUGCCGUACUUGAAGCCUGGGUCACGAGUGCUGGAUAUUGGGUCCGGAUCGGGGUAUCUGACGCAUGUGAUGGCGGAGCUCGUGAAGCCUGGGGGCACGGUGGUGGGGGUGGAGCAUAUUCAGCCGUUGGUGGAUAUUGGGACGAACAACACGCGGAAGAGUGGGGAGGGCAGGGAGUUGAUGGAUAAUGGUGGGAUCAAGUAUGUGAAGGCGGAUGGAAGGCUGGGGUAUCCGCAGGGCGCGCCGUAUGACGCGAUUCAUGUUGGGGCGGCGGCGUCGGAUUUUCAUCAAGCGUUGAUUGAUCAGCUUAAAGCGCCGGGACGGCUGUUCAUUCCGGUGGAGGAGGCGUACAUGCAGCACAUCUAUGUGAUUGACAAGAAGGAGGAUGGCAGUGUGGAGAGGAAGAAGGAGUAUGGGGUGCAGUAUGUUCCCUUGACCGAUGCACCGGUUGAUUGA